ACUGCCCCACAAUGGACGGAGUCUUGUGAAUGAGCCAUCAUGGCGGUGCGUUCCUGCCUCUUCGUCGCGCUAGCUUUCACAGUCGAAUGCGCGUGCUCGCUGCAGCUGUUAGAACUGCGCGUGCCUGCGCACGUGGCGCGCGGCGCGCGCGCAGCGCUCGCGUGCCACUGGCAGCUCGGGCCGCACGACGUGCUCUACUCCGUCAAGUGGUACAAGGACGGCAAGGAGUUCUUCCGCCACGUGCCACGAGACCCGGAGCCGAGGAGGCGGUUCCCGCUGCCCGGGGUUCAGGUUGAGAAAUCUGACUCAUCGGGCUCAAACGUGACGCUAGGCCCGGCCGAGCUGGAGACAGAAGGCCGCUACCGCUGCGAGGUGUCCGGCGAGAGACCUCUCUUCCCCACCGUGUCCGACCACGCCGACAUGGCCGUCGUCGUGCUCCCGGAGAGCGGUCCAACGCUGAGCGGGUUCGGGUCGCGAUACCGCGCCGGCGAGCGCGUGCGAGCGGCGUGCACGGCGGGGGCGGCGCGCCCAGCGCCGACGCUGGCUUGGUACGUGAACGGCGAGCCAGCGCCACCCGCCGCCCUCGGGACCUUGGCGCGUCGCACGCUCAAGGGCCUCGAGACGGUGACGCUGCCGCUGGACUUCAGAGUCACCGAGGACCACUUCCAGAACAACGGCUUGAAAGUCAAGUGCCUAGCAACCAUAGAGUCCCUGUACUGGCGCAGCAACGAGGAGAGCGCAGUGCGCGCGCGCGACAAAUCAUACGACACCAUGCAGCUGCGCCCGCGCACCGUCGCCGCCGACAUCGUCGAAAAUAUCGGCGGCGCCGACGCAGGGAUGAGUGCGUCUAGCAGCGCGCAGAGUCAUGUGUUCAGUGUGGUGAUCUGUAUUUGCUGUGUAAUAAAUAUUUUAUAA